GAACUUCCGUGUUCCGAUUUCCGUUUCCAGAUGCGCAAAAACUUGCGCACACAACCAAAGUGACGUGGAACCCGGGACGUAUUUUAUAGAAUAUUCAUAUUUUCAUUGAUAUAACAUGUUGAAGAGGGAUAAGAAAGAGGAAGAAGAGGCUGGAGGUAAUCCAUUCUUCAACUUGGAGAAGACCAGUGUUCUUCAGGAGGCAAGGACCUUCAAUGACACCCCUAUAAACCCAAGGAAAUGUUGUCACAUCCUCACCAAGAUAUUGUACCUCCUAAACCAGGGAGAGCACAUUGGAACAACAGAAGCCACUGAGACAUUUUUUGCCAUGACAAAAUUGUUCCAGUCAAAAGAUACAACGCUUCGUAGAAUGUGCUACAUGGUUAUCAAAGAAAUGGCCACUAUAUCUGAUGAUGUCAUCAUCGUGACCAGCAGUUUGACAAAGGACAUGACCGGGAAGGAAGACCAGUUCCGUGGGCCAGCCAUCCGUGCGUUGACAAAGAUUACAGACACUACUAUGCUGCAGAGCAUUGAGAGAUACAUGAAACAAGCCAUUGUUGAUAAAAAUGCAUCUGUAUCCAGUGCUGCCCUGACCUCAUCAUUGCAUUUGAUGAAGACGAGUCAUGACGUCAUCAAGCGCUGGGUGAACGAGGCCCAGGAAGCAGUAAGCAGCUCAGAUAUUAUGGUACAAUACCACGCCCUUGGUCUGCUUUACCAUAUAAGGAAAAACGACAAGUUGGCUGUAACAAAACUUGUCAGCAAGUUUACACGUCAUUCUCUGAAGUCGCCUUACGCUUAUUGCCUGCUUAUCCGUAUAGCAUGUAAGCUUCUGGAAGAGGAUGAUGCUGGAAGUGACAGUCCAAUGUUUGACUUCAUUGAGAGUUGCCUUCGACACAAGAGUGAGAUGGUCAUUUACGAGGCAGCCCAUGCUAUAGUGAACAUGAAGCAUACUGGCACAAAAGAACUUGCCCCUGCCGUGUCAGUUCUUCAACUCUUUUUGGGAUCCCCUAAGCCAACUCUGAGAUUUGCUGCUGUUAGGACAUUGAACAAGGUUGCCAUGAAGCACCCUUCUGCAGUUACAGCUUGCAACCUUGACCUUGAGAAUUUGAUCACUGAUGUCAACCGCAGCAUCGCAACAUUGGCAAUCACCACUUUGUUAAAGACAGGAAGUGAAAGUAGUGUUGAUAGGCUGAUGAAGCAAAUCUCUUCUUUUAUGUCUGAGAUCUCUGAUGAGUUCAAAAUAGUUGUAGUUGAAGCUAUCAAGUCACUGUGCAUGAAAUUCCCAAGGAAACACGGGGUCAUGAUGACCUUCCUCUCGUCAAUGCUGCGUGAAGAGGGUGGCUUUGAUUACAAGAAAGCAAUUGUUGAUACUAUCAUCUCCAUUGUUGAAGAGAAUCCUGAGGCCAAAGAAGCUGGUCUGGCUCAUCUAUGUGAAUUCAUUGAGGACUGCGAGCACACAGUUCUGGCCACCCGAAUCUUGCAUCUCCUUGGACGUGAGGGACCCCGAACCCUCAACCCUGCCAAAUACAUCCGCUUCAUCUACAAUCGUGUGAUCCUAGAGAAUGCGGCUGUUAGAGCUGCCGCCGUGACGGCACUCGCUAAGUUUGGUGCACAUUGUCAGAAUCUCCUUCCGAGUAUUAUUGUGCUGCUUGAACGUUCUGAGUUAGAUAUGGAUGAUGAAGUUAGGGAUCGGGCCACACUUUAUUUGAAUAUUCUUAAAGAACAUCAGAUGGCUCUGAAUUCUGCGUUCAUACUCAAUGGUCUACAAGUUUCCAUUGUUGGUCUUGAGAGGGCGCUACAUAGCUACUAUCAGGAACCAUCAGAGACAUCUUUUGACAUGAAGAGUGUGCCACUCGCUACGCAACCUCUCACUGAACAGAAAGCAUCUGCUCCUGGAGAAAUCUCUGGUGCCAAGUCUUCAGAAAAGGUGGCAGCAUCGAGACAAGAUGUCUACGCUGAACAGCUUUCAAGUAUACCUGAAUUUGCCUCCAUUGGUCCGCUGUUCAAAUCAUCGAGCUUACCCGUUGAGCUUACUGAAGCUGAGACAGAAUAUGCCGUUCAAUGUAUUAAGCACACCUUUGCUAACCACAUUGUUCUACAGUUUGACUGCACAAACACACUGAAUGAUCAAUUCCUAGAAGAUGUUACUGUUCAAGUUGAGACGAAUGAUGGUUUUGAGGUGCUGAAGUACAUCCCCACUCCUAAGCUUGCCUACAAUGUGACUAGUACUACAUACACGCUGUUGCAAUUGCCUGAAGAACCUUCACAAGUAACUGGCACAUUCACAUGUACAAUGAAGUUUGUGGUGAAGGACUGCGAUCCAAACACUGGUGAACCAGAUGAUGAGGGAUAUGAGGAUGAAUACGUCCUUGAAGAUCUGGAGAUUGCUGUAGGGGAUCAUGUUCAGAAGGUCAUGAAGCCAAACUUUGGUGCAUCAUGGGAUGAGAUUGGACCAGAGAAUGAGCUUGAAGACACAUAUGCUCUGUCUAAUAUGAAAUCUUUAGAUGAGGCCAUUAAAAAUAUCAAAGAUUACCUGGGCAUGCAGCCGUGUGAAAGGUCAGAUAAAGUUCCCGAGGGUAAGAGUUCUCAUACACUCUACCUUGCUGGGGUGUACCGUGGAGGACACGACAUCUUGGCACGCGCAAAACUAGCAAUGGGUGACGGAGUUACAAUGCAAAUUACAGUUAGGAGCACAGAUCCACAUGCUUCUGAAGUUAUAGCUUCAGCUGUCGGUUAAAUUUUUGAUAAAGACACUAACUUUAGGCAAUGUUGAACUCUGACUGCACUCAGAAUUGAGUUUCGUAGAAUGUAGCACUACAGUAAAACCUGUGUUGUACACUUGAAAACCAUUGUCACAGUGGUAUCUGACAAUAUAGGUUUUACUGCAUAUGGACACUGAAUAAUAUAUUAAAAAUAUAAUUGAAGAAAUAUGUGGGACAUAUUCAACACAAUUAUUUUACAAUAUUUAUCAUGUUAACAUACUCAUUUGUAUGGAAAUAUUUGAGUUUGGUAAUAAUUUCAUAUUUGAGUCUGUAGUUUACAGAAAAUGCAACUAUGUAUGGCAGUUGUGAACUAAUGCUUCUUUUAUUUGUCAUCAUUAAUCAGAGUAAAAGGAAUGACGUGUAAAUUGUAUUUACGCUUCCUGAAUAUAGAAUUUAUGGGAAAUUGUAUUGGAAAUAAAAGCAAGA